AUGACAGUCACUACGGAUACUUCAACUUCACUUUCAUUCUCAACUUGGCUUCCACAUCUCAGCAACAAUCCACUUCAUUUAAAUUAUAAAUCACUUUGGAAUUUGGUUCAACAAUUACAUUCAUCUUCUACUCAAGUUGAAGAACAAAAUGAUCAUCAUGAAAAUCAGAAUCAAAUCGAUCCAUGGGAAAGAAGUUUUGCUACAAAUUGGUUAACUCGUCUUAUGUCUAUCUCAUUAAAAUUAUCAUCUAUAGAGUCAUCUGAAGAGUCGAUAUAUAAGUCUCAUGAUUUUGAUGAUUGGGACGCUUUAGCUGCUUUUGCUGGCAAUGUACUCGCGUUUCUCACUGGGAGCCCGGCAACUGCUUCCCAACCUUAUACUCGAAAAUGUGUAUUUGAGCUCAAUUCAAAUUGUGAUCUUCCACCCGCCCACAGUAAAAGUGGUGUGAUUGAAAUCUUGAUUCGCGAGGAUAUAAUGUCAUACGCAGCCAUCGGAUGUCAAACCUGGAAUUCGGCGCCAUUGCUUUGUCGUCGAAUCGCCUCUGAUCCACUAAAAUGCUUUCCUCAGCUCGCCCCCGCUCAAUUGGAUCAUUCAGUAUCAUUAUCGGCAGAUGUGCAGUUCAACACGCCACCAUUAAUCACAAGUCCCACACGACGUUCGCUCAAAAUUCUUGAACUUGGCGCAGGCACUGGACUUGUUGGUAUCACUACAGCAUGCGUAUUGGCUCGAUUUUUACGAUCAAAGAGUGACGCAACAUCACCUAUCGAUAUCGAAUUGAUUCUCACAGAUUAUCAUCCCAAAGUUCUUGUGAAUCUUAAUCAUAACCUUUCAUUAAACGCAGAUGGAUAUGUUCUUCCAGAGGAAUGUGAAUCAACUUUAUCUGUCAAGAUUGAAACAUUAGAUUGGAGGGAGCUUCAAGGUUCUAGUUUAUCUCAAAAAGGAUAUAAGUAUGGAUUUGAUGUGAUCCUUGGUAGUGAUUUGGUCUAUGAACCUCAACAUGCUACAUGGGCCUCAGAAGCCGUUCAAUUCUUCCUCAAACCGAACCUGAUUCAUGAUCUUACGUCUGAACCACCUCAACCUACUUUCCAUCUUCUUUUACCUCUUCGUCCAACCUUUGCACUCGAAUCUCAAGCUGUUCAUAAUGCAUUUGGAGGUCAAGAUAUAGAGGAAUUACUUAAUUCUACUGAUCUUAAACUGUUACCUAAACAUGAUUGUCAAUGGGAAGAAGAAGAAAACUCUAAAGCUAAACCUAAUGGAAUUCAAAGUUUACAGAAUAGUGAAUUGAUGAAUGAGAAAAGUGUUUUAGAAAUCAAAGAAUAUUUCAAAGAAGAUGGAAUUAGUUUUGGUCAAGGUUGUAGUGAUUAUCAAUAUUUAAAGAUUUGUAGACGAAGUUGAAUAUUUUUUUCUAGAUUAUGGUUAAACUCAUUUGGAAUCAUUUUUGUUGGAAAUUAGAGCUUUUUAUUCUUUAGAUUUGUUUAUUACAUUUCUCUUUGUUCUUAUGUGGAAUUGGAAAUAUAGAAGAAUUUGUAAUCAAAACUUUAAAUAAAUCAAAUUGAAUGAUAAUAGUAUUGAUCAAUG